AUGCUUAUUGGGGAUUUCAUGACACUACAGAUCAUUCAGAGUCAAUCCAGCAUCGUCUACCCUCCAUUUGUGCAGCCUAAUUUCCAGCUGAAGACUAACAUUAUAUAUUUAUUCCAGAAUGGACAUCAGUUUUAUGGCAGAGCUGAAGAAAAUCCUCAUACACACGUCUCUCGAUUCUUAGAGGGUUGUCAACAUUUUCGAUAUCAGGGUAUCUCAAAUGAUGUUAUUAGACUGAGGUUGUUUUCACACACUUUGCAUGAUAAAGUACUUGAGUGGUUAGAUUCUCAACCUAUCGCUAGUAUUAGCACGUGGAAUGAUCUAGCCCAAAAGUUCUGCACAAAAUUCUUCCCACCGGCCAAGAUAGCAAAAUUGAAGCAUGAUAUAUCUAUCUUCUGCCAAAGUGAAUCUUUUAAUGAAGCUUGGAACAGGUUCAAGAACAUGCUACAUAAGUGUUCUCAUCAAGGUAUUAGCAAGGGACUCCAUGUCCAAUAUUUUUAUGCAGGAUUGCUUCCAUCAUUCAAAAGUAUGGUGGAUUCUUCAUCUAAUGGCUUAUUAUCUACAAAGACAAUUGAUAAAACUUUGAAGUUAUUCGAUACCGUGGUUACUAUUUCAGGCAUGUGGAUUCUGAGCGAUUUGUUCAAAAGAAAGCUUAGGACAGUCAAUGCAACACAAGCUAAGAAGCUAAGUUACGAAGAGUAUGGAGCAGAUCAUAUUAUAGUAGAUUGUCCUAUUAUGGUACAAGGAAUGGAAAAAGUAGAUGUUUCACAAUGGGGACAACAUCAACAGAAUAAUCAACAUCCAGAUACUUACAACCUAGAUGAGAAGCAUGCAGAACAGACUGAAGAGACAACAGAAGCAUCUAAUAAGGAGAGUUCAGAUACACCACAGGUUAGGGCAACCGCUCCAAUCAAUCUUUACGAGCUUCCUAUUCUAUUUCUACAAAGGAAACUUGGAUUGGGAGAGGCUAAAGCAACUAUGAUAACUCUUCAGCUAGUUGAUCGAUCCCUUACUCUUCCAGGAGGGAUCGUAGAAGAUGUUUUGAUUAAAGUGGAAAAAUUCAUCUUUUCAACUGAAUUUUUCAUUCUCGACAUGGAACGGGACAAGGAUAUUCCACUCAUACUGGGCCGACCAUACUUAGCCACAGGGAAAGCUCUUAUUGAUGUUUAA